AUGAAGUUUGCGGCGAAAAGGAAGAGCGCGAGCAGCCUGGACGCGUUGCUCAAAGCGACAGCGACUGGAAGUGAGCGAUGAGAAUGAUCGGAUGGAUAAAUGCAAAAAUUUCAGAUGAGCAGGCGAAUGCAAUUGACAAAGCACUGAACACGCCGACGGACAGAAUCAUGAAAGCGACUUUGCAAUUUGAGAAAGUGCAUACAAUCAAAGCGACGGACACGAGCGAAGUGGAACAGUGAGACAGAGUGUACGCCCUGAGAAGCUUCGUCGAUUUUCAGGUACAAAGUGCUGAAGGCGACCGUCGAGGAUGAGAUGAAGGCGGCUGAGAAGCUCAAGAAGCUCGGAGUGGCUCUGACGAAUCGGCGAUGCCACGUGGAUCCGAUCCCGCCCGCGUAUCUCAAGUGCCGAAAGAUUCAGAAGAAGUCUGAUUGA